UUCUGCUACGAGCGUUUUUACGAAAGCAUGCAGUCGCCCUUGACUAUGGUAUAUAGUAAUUCAGGAAGUUAUAGCAAAUGCUGGUGAGAUAUUUCUGUAGAUAGAAUAAUUGUAAAUGGCUCUACAGAGUCAUACAUAGUCAUUCAUACCUAUUGGGAAACGGAAUAGUAAGGAGAAUGUACUUGACAAUAACGUCAACAAGCAGUUUUAAUAUGUAGAGGGAACUUCACUUGGUGACAUGGUGUUAAAAUAUUACUAUUCUUUCUACAAAUUGUAAAUCAGCUGCUUGUCAAGUAUGACUGUUUUGAUGAGCAGUAAUUGGGGUGUCCUUUCAUUCUGCAUUUAUGUCAUUGCUGUGCAGAGUGUUUUUGUUAGAUGCAGUGUCAUUCAAGAAUUUCUACCUAGAGGUGUGAGUGCUUAUGGUGACGGUCUUGAAAAUGGCCAGCUCCUUCAAAUUCCAGUAGUUGAUGCUGAUUAUCCUCUGGUGUUCUCAUUCUUUGCAAAUGUCACGAAAGGUUGUAUUUGGACUAACGUCACAUUGUUUCUCCGGCACGAUGGAUUACCUAUCGUUAAUAUUUUUAAUGCCAGCUAUCCCAAUUUCACUUGGAUUUAUCAACCGGUAGACUAUGAGGAAAACUUCUUCAGUGACGGUCUAGAACAACGGUUGACUAUUUAUCCUCGCAAACCUUCCUCGGCUAUUUUUGGUGCUGUUUUUGUUUUAGAAGAUGUUACGCGCAUCCAACAAAAAGGGUUGACAAUAUCAUGCACCACUCUGUUUUGGGGCAGAGUUGAAACUCUUCCUCUCAACGCAAGUUCAUCAAUAGUCAACGGGGAUGUUGAAGAAACUGCCUCCAGAUUAGUGAGAAAAAGCUAUGCUCAACCACUCAAUGUCAAAUGGAUAUUAGACCAAGAUAAUGAGGCUGGCAAUAUUACUGCUAGCACGGAAUCCAUUCUCGAUCUCGAAUCCAAUGAUCUCCCGACCCUUCUGUCUUGGACUACUUUUUCCCCUGUAGAUAUAGGAGGAACUCUACAAGUCGAUAUAAGGUUCAAUGAGAGUGAAAGUAACAGUAGCAUAUUCGGCUAUCUCACCUACGGAACACCAGAUAACCUGAACGGAACCCGGUUUAGCGCCAAUAGCUCAGACCUGAAUCCUAAGGCCACAGUUAUUGUUCCUUAUCCACUUGCUGGCAUUUGGUACUUGUCGCUUUACGCCAAUUGCAUAGGGUGGAAUGAGACUGACUGUCAGCGAAACAUUUCAGUUAAAAUUCAAGUUUCUCUAUCGCCCUGUAAGGAAGGUGCCUGUGGGCCUCACGGCCGCUGUAUCCAGUAUUUUUCUGCUGGAUUAAUAUAUUCUGCUUGUGUUUGCUCGAGUGGUUUUGCUGGCUGGAGUUGUAGUGAUGGUACGAACGCCCUUUCGACCACAAUACUUCUAUCCUCCGUCCUUCUCCUGACACUGAGCAAUCUGUUUUUCAUUCCAGCGAUCAUCCUUGCCUUUCGAAGAGGCUUUUAUUCGCAGUGCAUGUUGUAUUUCGUAACGAUGUUUUUCUCCUCGUUUUAUCACGCGUGCGAUCAGCCGGAGUUCAGUUUUUGUCUGAUGCCUUAUACUGUUCUUCAGUUUGGCGAUUUCUACGCGGCCUUAACCUCGGUUUGGUUAACUGCGUUUAUUGUAGCUAAUCCCAGUGUCAGUGAAGAGAUCUCCAGCGCAAUUUGUAUUGCCGGGGCGGUCGGCAUAGCUAUGGCAGUUCAUUACAAUCCGACGUCAUUCGCCUCGUUUACCAUACCGAUUGUUUGUGGCCUUGGUCUCAUUGCGGUCUGCUGGACUCGCCAGAGCUGCCACAUGCACAAGUGUUACCCAGGCAAAUCCUACUGUUUGAAGGCUGUAUUACCAUGCUUAUUGUUCGCCAUUGUUGGAUUGGUUUGUUUCGCUUUCCUCGAAACGGAGGACAAUUACUUUUAUGUUCACAGUAUAUGGCACAUUUCAAUUGCGCUAGCUAUAGUGUUCGUUAUCCCGCAAGGGAGUAAAAGUGUGGACAUCACGAAGCUCUCUUCUAAUCAUCACGAACAUCUUUCGCAACUAGAAUAGCGAAGAAGAAUAGUAGUCAUUUUACGAAAUGAAGGUUUCGCAUUCAAUAACUUGUGAAAAAAAUGUUAUCUAUUUGUUUUGUUGCAUUUAACUCUCUUUUAAAGUUGUAUUUGGUUCAACUUCAGUCAUCGUGGUCAAGUGCUUAGAGUGUAGGACGAAACAUAUUGCAGGUUUUUUUUUUGUUGUUUCUUGAUUUUUAUUUGCUUAUUUUUUAAGAGAUAUCCGGACACUUUUUCCUUUCUAGUUGCAUUAAUUACGCACCGCAGGGCAGUAGUACUUCUUUUACUAGCUCGUGCGAAUAAAUGUUUCUUUCCCUUUU